GUUUCUUAACGCAGGUUUUAAACAAAAGGCAAAAAAAAAAAUAACAAAGAACCGCUGGUUAACCUGGGCUUUUUAGAGCUGGUAAGAAGCUCUUAUGUGCCCUCUUUGUAUUGGUCGAUUCUUUCAUCUUCUCUCCAUACUCUUCGAUCCCUUCCUCUGAUCUCCACCGUUCCGUCUCCAAUCUUCGAUUCCGAUUGUUAGCACCGCCGUGAGAUUGCAUGCACCCGAGACUUCGCUGAACUCCCCACUUCAAUGAUUCACUUUGUUUCUUGGUUCUUGCAUCUUGCAUCUUGUAUAACAAUCUCUAACUUAAAGGAGUCAAUUCCCGUGAUUCUCCUCCUCUUACUCUUUCCUCUUCUUCUUCUCUCUCCGGUACUGAAACAAAGCUCACGUGUUCCACCGUUCAUCUGAUUUAGCAAAUUUUCUGAUCUAUUAAUCAAUGAAUCUCCGUUCUCUCUGUAGGUGUUGGGAGAAUCUGAAUCUACCAGAGAAGGUAAUGCUCAAGAGAUACAUUGUUCUCGAGAAAGAAGCCGAGCAGCUUGGCAGAUUAUACAAGAUGUGGAGCGAAGACAUAAAACUUGUGGAGUUGGACAUAAAGCUUGUGGAGCAAUCAAAUGUCAUUGAUGUGCCUGGUUUGUCUUAUAGAAACAUCCAUUCCAUUGCCUCAACUGCUAUUGGAGAGAUGGUAAUUUCAUUCACUCACUCCCCUCUUUUGUUACCUCUUCCAUGUUUGUUUAAAAUUUCUAAUUAUAAAUUUGUAUUUCUAUUUUAAUAUGUUUUUAUGUCAUAUUUGUUUAAAUUUUAUGAAUUCCAAUAAUUUAUAAGUUUUGUAAAAUUUAAAUUUAAUAA